AUGCUGAAAAAAAGCUCCACGGCAUCAACACUCGGCACUGCGAAGUUCUACAUUACCAUCUGUGCAGUCAUGCUGCUCUUCACAAUCUGUAAUUUGGUGAUUGGUGUUGUGUCUAUCGAGCCAACCAGACACUCAACUGGUGAAUUCCGCCUCUACAAUGACAUCAUCUGGAACAACAUCCCAUACGAGAGGCCCGUCUACAACAAAUCCGAAACUGUUACAGUUGAAUUUAACUUUCAUCUACACACAGUGAGCCAAUACAUUGAGUCUCAACAACAACUCCUAUGCACAGGGUGGUUUGUUGUGACAUGGUCUGAUCAGUUUCUCACCUGGAAUUCUGAGAUGUAUGACGGAGUUGAGUUUAUCAGACCCCCAGAUAGCUACGUGUGGAAACCUGAUAUUGUUGUGUCCAAUUCCUUCCAACAACUCAACCAUAUUGGAGGAGAUUUCGUGCCUUUAAAAGUAUCCUCUGAUGGACACGUGCAGUGGAUGACAGGAGACUUAUUCUACCUGGAUUGUGAAACGGACGUUCUAAUGUAUCCAUUUGAUAGCCUGAAGUGUUCUAUGGAGAUUGUCGUCUGGUCAUAUUCGACGUCAGAAGUUGACCUGAAAGUCCGCCAGUCAGUAGCUGGAACAUCUAGUUCAAACAUAGGCGGUCAGUGGAAGCUAAAACCAACAUCAAUCACAGCCAAGGAAAAGACCUUUGACAACAAGCCAAUAUCACAUGUGCUUAUUACGCUUACACUUGACAGACGCUCUGUGCAUUUUGUCUUCAACUUCAUCCUCCCUGUGUUGAUCCUGUCCGUCCUGGGGACGUUUGUGUUUCUCAUUCCUGCAGAUUCAGGAGAAAAAAUAUCCUUGGCCAUAACGAUUCCUCUGUCAUAUGGGGUCUACAUGGGCUUUCUCACAGACAUGAUACCCCAGAGCUCCCAGGGUAUAUCGCCUUUCAUCAUCAUCCUUGGACUCACACUUACAAUGUCUGCAGUAUUUGUCAUCGUCAGCAUCUUCAGUGUCCGGUUCUGUGGACAGAGUGAAUCGAAACCCAUUCGUAAAACAUUACAAAGAUUCACAAUUUGGGUCGAAAAGGUCGAUGCAUUUGGCCGGUUUGGAAACCGUGACAAACCUGCAAUUGAGGAAUCUGGACAGUUACAAGAGCUUCAGGCUAAGGCUACUCAGCCCGUCACAUGGGAACGAGUGAGCAAAGCACUGGAUUUGUUUUUCUUCUGGGUGCUGUGUAUCCCUUUACUUUUGGGAAUUCCAAUAACACUGAUAUACAUCGGCUUGAACUUGGGUUUCUAG